AUGCUACGCUUGGGAGCAGCUGUUCUAGCCUACCUGUACCGUGAGAUGGGUAGGUCGGUUCUGCAUAUGACACAGUCCUCUUCCACCGGAGGUGACCUUGGUGGCUGGGUCGCCUUGCUGCAGCUCUGGGCGUGGGAGCGAUUCUCAGUGAUAGCACCACGACAUACAGUGACGGAUGAGCCUAUCACAGAGGACGCAUAUCCACAUGGUGCUCGAUGGCUUCCGACCAUGUCCCGUCAGCAUGGUGACCAGCUCUUCAGUUAUAAGUUGUUUUUUGACUUGCUGUCGACAAUCGUGAACGAGCCUCAUCAUCCAACUCCUGAGGCUGAGAUUAGGUGA